AUGGCUCGACUAGUUACUCUGUGUAUGAACAUUCUUAUCAUCAUUCUUUCAAAAGUGCCACUGAUAAGGGAUCUGAUUAGAUGGAGAACCGUCAAUCAAGAGUGGAAUGAAGCACCCCGGCAAUGUAGAUUUGUUAACAUGCACUCAGAUAAUCAAGAAGCCAAAUUUCUUAUCCAAUUCAAUUCUUCCGAAAGGACAUUUGGCAUUUCUUCUCGAACGUUUGAAGUCCAUUCAAGAUAUUCAUUUCGAGACACAGUUGGGUUUGGGUGCUGUAUGGGAAAUAAGUAUUAUGGUGGGAGUUGCUCGAUUGCAGGUAGCUAUAAUGGUAUUUUGUGUGUGCGUGGCACUCUUAUGGAUGGCUCAGAUAAUGAUGAACAUGUUUAUCUAUGGAAUCCUUCUAUAAAGAAGUUGAGAGAGCUUCCCCAACCACCACUGCACACCCCAUUCCAAUUUCACAUGGGAUUUGGAAGCUGCCAUAACAAUAAGAACUACAAAAUUGUCCGACUAUCAAAAAGUACUAAUGACACUCCGAAUCAUCACAUCUUAAUCUGUACCGAAGUGUUCCGAUUCUAUGAAAAUAAAUGGAUAGUUUCUAUGGACCAAUUUACUGUUGAGCGGCCACAAAUAAUUUUUGAUAGAAAUGGGGGAUUCCAGUGUGACAAGCAUCCCGUUUUUUGCCAUAACAACUUCAAUUGGAUAGUGGAUUUCCCACUUCGGGUCAUCCAAAAGCAACUCUCCCCACAGAGUCAACACAUUCCAUUAUCACAUUUCAUAUUGAGAAUGAAGAAUUGA